GAUAAAUCUUAAAUGAAUAAUUUAUUGCAAGGAGGUUCAUAUGGUUAUUAAAGAUAAUUCGAUGUGUUUUGGAGAGUUUUAUAAUUUCCACUUUUAUAAAAUAUCUUAAUUUUUCAUCUAUUCAUAAUAUAACUAUACAUUUAAUAUUUAAAAUAUUUUAGUAAUAAGAUUGAUUAUAUACUCUACGUACAGACAGAUUUUGUUUUUACUUUCAAAUAUCAGUAUCAUGAAACCUACAGGGGAAACGAAAGUUUCUGGCGCCAAAAUUACUACUUCAGAGGCUAAGGUCAGAAAGUAUUUGCACGUUUUGCAGCCAGCAGCUACUGAUAAAGAGAACCUUGUAGGUCCUGGAAGACCGUUCAAAGAUGCAAUAGAAAAGGGUAUUAAAAACACAUUGGAAAAACCAAAAAAAGAAAGCACAUGUAAAAAAAUCGAUUACAAACAUAAGGCAGUUCAAACAGACAAUGGAGAAAAGAUUAAAAUUGAAGUAGAAGAUUUGACCUCUGAAGCUGGUCCAAGUGAGAAUUAUUGGGAAGUAUUAGCAGAAAGACGACGAAUAGCUCUUGAUGAUGCAUUAGAAGAAAAUAAAGAACUACAUGAACGUAUAUCAAAAUUGCAAGAAGAAAAUCGUUUAUGUAAAGAAAUGUUAGAUGAAACACGGGCUUUAGUUGAAGUAUUACAAGAAAUGAUUGAGGAUGACAAAAAUGAUAUACACAAUUCUUUGGAAGAUAGUGCUCUUUAAUUUUAUAUUAGAUAUUUAAAAGUAUUAAAAAUGUCAAUUGUGAUGUAUAUUAUCUCCAUAUUGGAGGAAAGCUUAAACAGAGAUUUAAGACUAAACAACAAAUUUUUAUGUAUUUUAUAUUUAGGAGUUUCGAUUUUUUCAUUGUACGUCAGCCAAUAAUCGAACAUUAGAAAAAUACGUAAAGAAAAAUAUGUAAAUAUAAAUAUUAUGUGAAACGUUAA